UUUUCAAUCGUCCUGAUGGUAUUGUGCUUUUUCAGAGGACUCCACGAUCUAUUACAGCACGGACGAUGAUUUUCUAAUGAUAUUCCUACGACCAUGCAAAUUCUAUCCGGUCAGUGCGUUCGAAUUAAUGAGGCGGGUGGCCGAGUUCAAGGACAAAAAUGCAAGCCUCUUCGAUAACUUGAUGCCGUCCGACGAGAGAACGGCUUUCCUCGAGCACAACGUUGUCAAUGUCUUGAAGGGCAGGGAUCACAAGGGCAGAAGAGUGAUGGCGGUCAAUUCUGGAAAGACCUGGGACCCUUCCAAGGUCACCGCAGAUCAGAUACUCAGACUGUUCUACUUGAUCCACGACGUCGCCAUGUUGGAACCGGAGACGCAGGUAAUAAUGCUGUAACACGAUCUACGACGC